UACUCGAUUAGAUUGUAAGGUAAAAUUUAAAAGAAUAACGAAUACAAAAUAAAAUCUAACUUGAUAAAAUAUUAUAAGAAAUUUAUUACAGGGAAUAUCUUGAACAAUUUUUAUAAGAUUUUGAAAGAACUUUAACGAUUAUGUUUUCAACCAUGAACAUCAUCACACGAUUCUUUAUAAUUAGCAAAAGAAGAAGAAGAAGAAGAGGAAGAAAAAGAAAAGGCAACUUUGUCACGUUCGAGUAAUUUUGCCGCGAAAAAACAUUCCUCCCACUCGGUAUUGCAAUCAUCCCCUUCUACUCAAAGGUCUAGCCAAUAAGGACGCACCACUCACACCACUGCAGCCCCCUUGUGACGACCUCUGUCGGUAGCGAAAGAGGGUGUGUUAGGUUAAACGGUGAGGCGAUUGUCAUCGCGUCGUUCUUCGUGCCGAUUAAAGAGCCGACUUAGACGAUACUUGCACCUCUGCGGGUGCUUCUUCGCGUGUAUUUGCCAGUGAUGGUUCCGCGUUGCUUCCAUUACCUUGACGCCCUAAUUUUCUACACCGUUAAUAACCAAGAACAAGAAAAGAAACAGAAACAGUGCACGGUAAAAUGAAAAAAAAAAAAAAAAAAAAAAAAAGAAAAGAAAAGAAGAAAACCUAUAUAUAAUAGAUAAAAAUUUGGCCAAUCAAAUGCUAAUAAAAAAAAUUAAAUUUAUUAUUUACUUUCUAAAAAUAAAUUUGUAUGCAUUUUACGCCAAAACGGUGAUCGAAUUUUAUCAAAAAUAUAUCUGUCCAAAAUGUCAAUUAACUAGUUCAUUAAAGUAGAAUAAUAAAUAAUAAGAUUAAAAAAAAAGAAAAAAGAAGUUCAUGAAUGUCCUCGUUUUUGGCGUAACUGCAUGUAUAUAUAUUUUUUUUUUUCCAAGAUAAAAAGAGCUUUGAAGAAGUUAAAUGUUUUAAUUUGUUGUACACAGAUAUAUUAUGUAUAGUAUAUUGAGAGAAAGAGAGAGAGAGAGAGAGAGAGAGAGAGAGAGAGAGAGAGAGAGAGAGAGAGAGAGAGAGAGAGAGAGAAUGGUGCGUGCGUCGUGUGUGCGUGCGUGUGCGUGCUUGCCUCGUGUGUGCAUGCGUGCUACCAAUGGAGAAACGGAUCCUUGACUUUAACAUACGGUAAUGGUAUCUUUUAUUAAAAGAAUUCUCUCAAAAGAGCAUCCUUUUCAUCCUUUGGAUCUUAUUCGAUAUGCACGGUCGGGUUUAUAUGCCGCAGAGGGGUGGUGACCCGAACUCUAACGGGUGGGACCAUGAUACACAUAUACUUUUGCAACCUACAUGUAUGGGACAUUAGUAGUGUCCCAAAUAUGUGGGAUUACUUUAAGAUAUAUACACACACACAUAUACACAUACAUAUGUUUUUUUUCUCUAAUAAAUUGGGUCAAUUAGAUAGUUCUUGUUGUUUAAUUAUUUCUUUGAAAAGAAAAAAAAAUUAUAAUAAUAAUAAUAAUAAUAAUUGGAGAUACUGUUAUUGACCUUAUUAUCACCCUUUGUUAAGCAUAUGGGUGCGGUUUUGAUUUAUUUAUAUUUUUUCUCUAUUUUUUUCUGUUUUUGUUUUCGACCUUUUUUUUCUAUUUGUCUUUUUUACUGAAAACUCGUUCACGUUUUAUUACUCUUUCAAGUAGUCAUAUUUAUCGGGAGGAAAAAAAAAGAAUAGAGGGAAAAUGACGUUCGAUCGUUCCACCCUCCAGGAUAUGAAAAAGAAUGUGCCUUGUUCAAGGGCGUGGCAAAUUCGUUAUGCUGAUCGCUGGAUCAGUUUAAUUCAAAUAUGAUACUUUUAAUGAUCGUUCUUAUGUAGGUCAGUGACGAUACAAAAACAUGACCUUAUUUUUUUUUUCUUUUUAUUUUUUUAGUCUUCAUAAAAUAAUAAUCAUUGAAAACCUUUAAUCGUUAUAUUAAAUUCUUUUUUAAUUUUUCGAAUAUUCAUAUUUAGUUAUAUUAUUAAAAUUGUUUAUUGAAUUUAUUGAGUAUUAUUGCGAAUGUUCCAAUAUAUACUAACUACUUUUUAUAAAUAUUUAAAAUUUCUUGAAAAUAUAAGAAUGUUUGUGUUAUUAUUUAUUCGUCUAAAUAUUGCAGAGAUUUGUUUGAAAUUCAGCGGCAUCUUGAUCCAUACGUACGUACGUGGCACAAAACUAAUACUUCGUAAAAACUUCAAGCCUCGUAAAUAUGUAUAUGUAUUUAUCCAUAAGUCUAAAUCAGGGUUGUCGAAAAACUGUUUUUUUCAUGUUAAAAUAGAUUCGUUUAUAUAUUUUAUAAUAAAGAAAAAAUUACAUAUGAUAAAAAAAAAAAGAUUCACUAACUGUGAAUCGAAUGUAAGCGUCAUUAUUUUUAAUUAUUUUACUUGGAAAGAAGAGUGAUAGAAGAGAAGAGAGUUUUUAUGUAAAGUUGUUAAGUGCGAUGAAGGAUGAGAAUGACUAUAAAUACUUAAUUCGACAUCUCUGAUCUAAGCAAUUGAUUAUUUUUUUUCUUUUUCAUUUAAUAUUUUUAAUUUACGUAGGGGUGUCUAUAAAAUAUUGAUCAUACUUUACAGAUGAUCUUUUGGAUCAGUUUUCCUUAUUCUUCCUAUGUGUGGAAUAGACACUGACGAUAUGGAUGCAGUAUGGCUUCAGUACUUUGGCAUAUCUCUGGAAAUAGUUAUGCUUCUCCUGCCUUUGUCUUGCUCUUACUGUUACUCUGCCCACACAAUACUACAGCCCGUGAGGUAAUUGAGGCCCCACUGCCACAGCAAGACCACAUUCCAUCACUGCCACCACCACCGGGACGUCUCACCACUGCCAAAACACCAAAGUGCGAUCAAAAAUUUAUAAGCACUCCUGAUGGGCCCCAAAAUGGAACUUUCUAUGCACCUACACUGAUAAAUCUAGAAGGAGAAUCUCGGCAGUGCGUUUACACGUUUUUAGCAGGACCACGUCAACGCGUGGAACUUAUUUUUACUACAUUUGGUCUUCGAGGCACACCACCAGCUGGAUCUGCUGUUGGAGAAUUACCUGCUUGUAGCCAUGAAUACAUGGAUAUAUAUUCGGAAAUUCGUUCAGAAAAUACUACCAAGUUAAUAGAAACACCAUUUGGAGGUCGUUUCUGUGGCCCUAUUCCUCCUCGAAAACGUGUUUCUCUUUAUCAAGGCAUUGCUCUCAGUUUUUAUACUGACAAAAAUAUAACGUUACCUAGCUUAUUCAGUGGGAAAUAUACUUUUAUCAAUGCAUCUGAAUUCGAAGUUGGAACACCAGUACCAAGUGCACCAUGUUCUUUCACAGUAAAUUCAGAUGCUAAACGUACUGGAAACAUAUUAUCUCCCACUUAUCCAGGAACUUAUCCAAAAGAUCUUGCAUGUAGUUAUCAAUUCAUUGGAAAAACAAGUCAAAGAAUACGCUUGGAGUUUCGAGAUUUUGACUUAUUCUUUGGUGGACCGCAUUGCCCUUUGGAUUACGUAAAAGUAUAUGAUGGGCUCGACAAUUCAUCUGCUGUUAUUGGAACAUAUUGUGGGCAACAACGAAAUUUGGUGUUAUAUUCAUCAGAAUCCAGUCUAUUUGUAUUAUUUGUUACUCUUCAGCGUACAGCGAAUACACAAAAUCGUGGUUUCAAAGGAAUUUUUGAAUUUUCAGAAAGUUUUGUUAAAUUAGACUUUAUAAUCAGUUAUAAUGGUGAACAUAUACGAGGAUCGGAAUGUGAUCAGAAGAUUUUAAGUAAAAAAAAAUCUUCUGGAUUUGUGGUUAGUCCUAAUUUCCCAUUUCCUUAUAUGCCAAAAGUUGUAUGUCGUUAUUUUAUUUAUGGAAUGCAAGAUUCACAACAUCUUGAACGUGUUCGUUUGGAAUUUGUAUCAUUUGAAAUUCCAAAAAGUGAGGCUAAAGGAGAUUCAGCAUGUACCGAUGGUUACUUAAAACUAUAUUUGAAAGGUCAAGAAGCAACAGAUUCUUAUGAUAAAUUUGAUUAUGAAUUAUGUGGUAUGAAAAGUAAUCCAGAAAAUGUAGUUAGCGAUGGCCCAAGACUUGUUAUGGUAUUCAGUAGUGGAGAAUUUCAAGGGAAAGGUUUUAAAGCACGGUAUACAUUUGAGACAGAAUAUAAAAUACCUGGAACAGCAGAACCAGAUGGUACUUGUACAUUUAAAUACAGAAGUUCCUCUCGAAAAAGGGGAGAUUUUAAUUCCCCGCGAUAUCCUAGUAAUUAUCCAAGUGAUACAAAUUGUACUUAUUUCUUUUAUUCAACGCCAAAUGAACAAGUGACAUUGAUCUUUGAUCAUUUUAAAGUUAGAACCAAAAAUCUGAAUGUAACGUCCGGUCACUAUGGGUUUGAAUUAUGUCAAGAUGACUGGUUAGAAAUUUAUAUUAUGUAUCGCGAUAAUACAGAAAAAUUAAUAGGCAGAUAUUGCGGUAUGACUGCUCCAGGACCAGUAGAAUCAACUCUUGGUGCUCUUGGUUUAAAAGUAAUUUUACAUUCAGAUUCCGAACUUGUUUAUAGCGGAUUUAAAGCGCGUUAUACUUUUGAGGUAGCAAAACCAAUUUUUGGAGAUUGUGGAUCAAAUAUUAGCAGUCUGAAUUAUGGAGUAAUAACUAGUCCUAACUUUCCAAAUAAAUAUGAUGGGCCGUCGAAAAAUUUUGCCAGUAAAACAUGUAAUUGGUUUAUAAGAGUACGACCGAAUCAACAAAUAUUAUUGAAUUUUGAUAAAUUUUCUGUAGAAGGUGAUCAAACUGCACGAGGUUGUCCUGCAGCAGUACUACGUAUGUGGUAUUCUAGUUCGUCCACGCCACUUGAGCUUUGUGGUGUUAAAAAUGGUGAUUCCAAGUGGAGCUUCUUAUCAGAAGAUAAUAAUAUGCGUCUUAGUUUCAUAUCAGCAGAUAAAGCGGUUGGACAACAUGGUUUCAGAGCAAUAUGGACAGAGAUAAAUAAAAAUAGUAAUUGUCCAAAUCAAUUUCUUUGCAGCAAAAAUAAGUAUUGUAUUGCAGAAACGUUGAGAUGUAAUAAUAUCAAAAAUUGUGGGCCGGACGAUUCAUCGGACGAAGAGAACUGUGCUGCUAUGGUACCAACAGAUAGCUAUCUCAUCCCAGCAGUAUCUGCUGCAGCUUCUAUUUUAGUUGUUCUGUUUGUAUGCCUGCUAUGUCACAAACUUAAAAGACCUAUUCAAGAAGUUCACAUUGAUGAUCUACAUCAACGUGUAGAAGAACGUCAUCACUGCUAUCACCAUCAUACUCUUCUGCAACAUCAUCAAGAUCAUAUUCAUGAAUUUAAUCAAUAUCAACUUGAACAACCAAGCCCACCUAGUGACAGUGACGCUGAACAAGUAUGCGGUGAUGAAACAAGUAGUCCAGAUAGUGUGUGACCGUGGCCACUUGCAGCGUGGUUACAAUUCUGGAAUUCCUUGUACUUCUCCACGUUGCUUCCCAGACUCUUUCUAAUGUGUAACUAGUUGUUAUUGUUGUUACUGUUGUUGCCUGAUGGGAGCAACUUACACAGUGUCAUCAGCACUCACUAUUACAUAUGUCAACACGUUCCUUUUAGAUUCAAGUGAGACAAGAAACUGAUGUAGAUGAGUCUAUCGAUCAAUUCAAAUACGAUCGCUUUUACAUCUUAUUUGUACAGAAUAUAUUAUUUUUAAUUCAAAACAUAAAUUUACUAUGUUUCAGAAUAUAAAUUUUAUCAGCAAUACUUACGUGUGCUAUAUUCAUUAUACUAUGCUAUCAUAAUAUUACUAGUUAUACUAAUGCUGCUAUUUCAUAAAAUAUAUAAUUUGCAUGUAAUAUAUUUUGUACAAGUACAAGUAGGCAAUGUCUUUUUACUAAUGUGAAUAAUAAUAUUGCAAAGUAAACUUUUUUGUACAAUCAAUUGAAAAUGGUCUUCAUGUAUCUGGUAAUAUAUAUAAAUAACUGUCUCCUAUCAUUAUUCAUGAUUAAAUAAGGUACAUUUUCUUUUUCAAUUGUUAAUAUAUGAAAAAAAUAUCAAAUUAUACAUACACACCCACACAUCACGCAAUAUAAAGAUUUUUAAUUUCUUGUUUUUAUUAUGUGGAAAAACUAAAAUCAAUUGGUUAAUGAGUUUAAUAAAUAAUAUUAUAAUGCGAGACAUAAUUAAUUUUAUAAUAGUUUUGCUAAAUAUUCAUAACAAGCAUUAGUACAUGUAAUACUGAAAAUCAAUGAAUUAAAAAUACUUUCUAUUGUUACUUCAGCACACAUUAUACUAUAAUUUACAACUACUUUUAACUGCCAAUUUACUUAUAUUAUUUAACUCUCAAAAAUUAAUAUAUAUAUAUAUAUAUAUAUAUAUAUAUAUAUAUAUGUAUGUAUAUAUUUAUUUAUAGAUUUUAUAUUACAAACAAUUUGCAAAUCUUUUCAAUUAUAUAUUUAAGAAAACUACUAAGAGAAUUUUAAUAUAUAUUUCACAGUAAAUGCUGCCAUGGGAGCUAAAACAAAGUAUAUUCUAAACUAUCUUAAAUAAAUUUCAAGGUACAUCUUAUAAGAGGAUGUAAACUAGCAAACAAGGAUAUAUGCAAAAGAAGGAAGGUCAAGUAUAUAUAUAUAAUAUAUAUUUGAUAAUGUUAAUUAACAUAUUCCAGAUUUCUUGAAAUAAAAUCUUAUAUACAUUGUGUACUACAUUCCAAAAUCUAUUAAAAGCAUUUUUUCAUGUUUUGUAGAGCAUUGAAACAAACAAUAGUACAGAAUUGUGAGACUUUGUAAUAUUGAACCGCCGUGUUCAAUUUCUUUAAAUAUGCGGAAAAAGUUAUGUGAUAUACAUAAUAAGUAAUUAUAUAUGUAUGUGUACAUGUACAUAGUGCAGUUUAAAAAUGAUGUUUAUUUCAAUACACACUAAACAUUACCGAAAAAUUAUAAGCGUUCUGUAUUGCGCUUCCGGCUAUUAAAGAGUUAUUGUAUACGUUUAUAAUUUCUACAGUCUUUUUAAAUAUAUUGACUGCACGAAAUUACUAAUUAGAGAUAUUUUGGUAAUAUCAUAUACAAUUCAUUUAAAUAUAAUCCGCAGAUCUAUCAUCUAUAAAGUCUUUUGAUCUCUAUUAGAGAAAUAUUUAAUGUGCAAACUUUAUAAAAAUGCAAACUUCUGUUCGAACUAUAUUAUAAAUAUUAAAUGCAACCAUCAGCAUUUUUAUUGUGAGAGAAAAAUAAUAAUUUUGCAUCUAUUAGCAAUAUUGUUUUUGUAUAAAUCAACACAAUGUAUAUACAUAUAAUUUAUGUAAUUGAAAAUGACAUAUUAAAAAGCAAUUUGGAUAAUAUACUACUACUUUAAAAUUAUAUAUAAUACAAAUAGGUGUAUAGUAUAGAUAUAUUAGUAAUAUCAAAGAAUUACUAUAUAAUAGUGUAUGUCUAAUGCUAUAUUUGUAAGUAUGAAAUUUGCUAUAUAAGCAAGGCAUAUUGAUUAGAAAUACUUAGAUUAGCUUAGGUACAAUACAUAUGGUAUUAUCCAAGUAUGGUACAAUCUAAGCAUGUAUUAACAUAUAUGAGAAAUUUUUCUCAGAAUAUCAAAAAUUCUGGUUAUCUAUUUAAAACAGAUUUGAAACAAAUUUUAAAUCAGAAUUCCAAAUGAGCACAUUAUUAUAGAACAUCCAAAAGGCAAGUAUAGACAUUUUGGUAAGAAAAUCAAUAUAUGUUUUGUAACAAGAGCAAAAUUAUAUACACCUGCACUGAGUAUAAUAGGACCAUAUAUAUAAAAAAUAUCAUAUUUGUAAAAAAAAAAAAUUGUUUCAGUGGAUUUAGUAAACUUGUGUAUUCUCAAUUAUUAUCAAUACAUUGCAUUUUAUUUUAUUGUUAUUUGAAAAUAAUCGUUUUAACAUGUUGUUUUAUUAUAAAACUAUUUCAUUUAAUCUGUAAUAUUUAUUUAAUUGAAAUAUUUAUAUUUAUUGUCCAAAGUAUUUAAAAAAAAAUGUAAUAUUUAUUUUUUUUACUACAUUUUAUUUAAUUAAUUUCUACAAUAAAUAAGAGUUAUUGUGUUUAUCUACUUUUAUUUAUUAUAAGUUGAAUCCAUUGAAAAAUUAAUUAUUUGGAAAAAUUGAUAUAACUUACAUCUAUAUUAAACAUAAUGAUUCAUAAUAUAUAGAAUGCAUUUUAAAAGACCAAAGAAGUGUGUUAGCUAUUGGAAUAGUAUUUUUUGGCCAAUUUUGGUCUUUAUUAUACUCAUUAAAUUAAAUAAAAUAUAAUUAUAAUUAAAACAUCAUGAAUAUAUGCUAUGAAAGAUUAACUGCUGUAAAAAUCAAUAUAAAAUUGCUAUAGAAGCAAGGACCAAUAUUAGCCAAUAAAUAUAAUCCAAAUAUUGAUAUUUAAAAUAGGAAUUAACAGAAUAAGCAUAUAUACUGAAAAAUACGUUCACUACAAUUUGAGAAGUUUAAGUUAAAUAAAAUGUGUAAUCAUAUUUUAUGAAAAAAUGUAAUGCAAACAUUUUGCAUUUAUGAAUAUAUUCUUUUUGUAGUUAUAGUUACAUUAUAACUAUAACAGCUUAUUCAUAAACAUGAUAAGAUUGAUGGUUUACAAAAGUUAUAUCUUAAUAUUUCUUAUUGUUAUAUCUUUAAAAAAGUAUAUUUGUUUUUUAGGAAAAUAUUUUUUUUUGAAAGAUUUUUUAAACACGUUAUAAUUUCUACAAUUAAUAAUAACUCUAUUUUAAACAUAUAACUCUUCGAUAAUGUAAUAUUGUUUACUAUAAAAAUUAUAAAACUCAUGAUGCAUAGUAAUUUAUAAAUUAGCAAUAAUUUUAAAUAUUCUUUUGUUAAUUAUGCUAGCUGGUUUAGCAUAUUUAUAGAGUAAAAUUCACUCUUGCGUUUUGUAAAUCGAUUUCAUGAUAAGACUAUAAUUUUUUUUUUUUUUUUUUUUUUUUUUUUUUUUUUUUUUUAUUAUUUCUCGGUAUAAAAUACUACUAUUCUACUACUUUUAUAAUCACUUUGUUUAUUCAAUACAAACACCACAUACAAUUAUCCUUACUGGGAAGAUAUAUAGAUGAUAAGUCUAAUAUUUUUUUUUAUAUAUAUAUAACAUAAUUUUUUUAUUAAGUAUAUUAACACAUGUUACUUCGUGUACCAAAUCGGACACGUUAAAAAACUAUUUAAGGAGUAUUUUUUACUCCACAUAAAUACAGUUUUUAUAAAAAUAAGUAUCAAAGGCAAGUAAAUGCAUAAUACCAUCCUCUAUUAAUAUUAUAUAAGAUAAGUAAUUAAUUUAAUGCAAUAUUAUAUGAAAACUUAUAAACUAUAAUGGAAUGUUACUUGAUAAGAAUAAUAUCACUUUUGAAGAAACGACUAUUAAUAAUUGUACCGUAAUAUAUGUAACAAAUGUGUAUAAGUAGUAAAGUUAGCAUUUAAAUUGUUAACCAAUCUAGAAAUAAUAACACACAAAUUGUCAAUGUUGUGUCUACGGUAUGAGUCCUCAACAAUGAAAAUACAUUUGUUUAAUAAAA